AUGGCCGACGACGACGAAAAAAACACCACAGAAACCAAACCCAAAACUUCAAACGACCACAGGCUGAGAGUCAGCAAGAAUGUGGCCGACGACAACGGGACAAACUAUUCAAUAUGGUCACGACUAAUGAAGGUUCAAAUCGGGAGUAGAAGGGUGCUCCGCCACAUCAACGGCAAUCCGCCACCACCCGAACCAGGGGCGGCUGACUACACGGAGUGGGAGGAGACGGAUCUAAUCGUCUUCUCAUGGAUCCUAGACAAUAUCGAGACCGAUAUCUUCAUCGAUUUUGCUCAUCACCAAACGGCAGAGGCGCUAUGGAAGAAUCUAGCCGUGACAUUCGAAGGUACUUCAGAUCCGUUCCUAUUGUUUGACAUGGAGGAAAAGGAUGAAAACGUUAAACAAGGGGAACAAAUCCUCGAGACGUAUUGGCGACACUUACACGGAACGUGGAUUGACGUGGAUCGGUGUCAAGAAAAACUGGUCACAUGCUAUGACAAAGGAGUAGAUCAGUUCGGAAAUACAUCGAGACACGCCGGCUAUUCAAGUUUUUGA